UCAGAUGAGACAAGUAUUAUAAGAAAUAGGUUUAGUUAGGGCAAAGGGACGCUGCCACGAAUCGACUGAGAAAAUAUGAGAAAAAAAUUCUCAUCAACGAACAGUGCCCGUAGGAAAAGUGACUUCAAAACAACGGCAACAACCGCCCUAACCGAAAGCGGGUAGACGAUUGCCAGACAAACAAGGGAUCGCGGUGGGUUAAGGAGGUGACGGAGCUAAUACGGAGUUUCCGAUCGUACCCUUACACUGAAGGAAGCGUCGUUGGCCAAGAACUGAAAUCCUCUCACCACAACCAUGGAGCGAAGUAGGGGGAAGGACCGAGUGACGGGUGGCUGAGGUCCUGAGAACUGUCAUCUCUCUCUGGACCCUCAGGAUAAAUAAGGCCAUAAGGGUCUCCGGCAUGUUCAGGGACAUCCAUACCUACACUCAGACUCGAGUUCACUCAGUUCCCCUAGCUCUGGGCUCCCGGACAUCGGUUCACAGGUUCACCAGCAAAGGAUAGGUCAGGGCGCACUCACCCGUCAGGCAAGCACAGGCGUUGGGGAUAGAAUCUUCUAGCUGAGGUGUAAACCUCCUUAGACUAGACCAGAAAUCGCCCAGCACUGUGGGUUGCGGUUGUUCCGGGGAAUUCUCUCUCCAUGGCACUGCCUCCGCUAUUUCCGUUGGGGAAACGGAAGUCCCGCCCCAAUACCGGAAGUGCAGCGGCCUUACUUCCUCAGAGUCUCUCCAGACGCAGAGUAGAUUGGUUUCCUGCCCCGGGUGGGCGCGGACUUGGUUCAGUGCGCGCUCGGGAGCUGUGUCCCGGGAGCGCAGGCCUGCGGGCUGCUCGCGCGGGUAUCCGGGACUGCGGCCGCGUGAGGAGAGCUCCGAUCUGGGUGCCAGGCAAGUGCAAGGCCAUGAACGGCACGGCGAACCCGCUGCUGGACCGUGAGGAGCACUGCCUGCGGCUCGGGGAGAGCUUCGAGAAACGGCCGCGGGCCUCCUUCCAUACCAUUCGCUAUGACUUUAAGCCAGCAUCCAUAGACACUUCCUGUGAAGGAGAGCUCCAGGUUGGCAAAGGAGAUGAAGUCACAAUUACACUGCCUCACAUCCCUGGGUCCACUCCGCCAAUGACGGUGUUCAAGGGGAACAAACGGCCUUACCAGAAAGACUGUGUGCUCAUCAUUAACCACGACACUGGGGAGUAUGUGCUGGAGAAGCUCAGCAGCAGCAUCCAGGUCAAGAAGACAAGAGCUGAGGGAAGCAGUAAAAUCCAAGCUCGAAUGGAACAGCAGCCCACCCGUCCCCCACAGCCAUCACAGCCACCCCCUCCACCUCCACCCAUGCCUUUCCGAGCCCCGACCAAGCCUCCGGCUGGACCCAAAACUUCUCCCCUGAAGGACAACCCCUCACCUGAGCCCCAGCUGGAUGACAUCAAAAGAGAGCUGAGGGCCGAGGUGGACAUCAUUGAGCAGAUGAGCAGCAGCAGUGGGAGCAGCUCCUCCGACUCGGAGAGCUCCUCCGGAAGUGACGAUGACGACAGCUCCAGCAGCGCCGGGGAGGACAAUGGCCCAGCCUCUCCUCCCCAACCUUCACACCAGCAGCCCUACAACAGCAGGCCCACAGUGGCCAAUGGAACCAGCCGGCCCCAAGGAAGCGCUCAGCUCAUGAACACGCUCAGAAAUGACCUGCAGUUAAGUGAGUCUGGCAGUGACAGUGAUGACUAGCACCAGGCUGUUGAAAUCUGCUUUCUGGUGCGCAAACAUGCUGCAAGACCCAGCCACUUCUGCCCGGACCGCACGCACGCCACAGGAGGAUGUGAUCAUUGGCGGUCAGAGCCAUAGGAGUUAAGGCCUGGAAGCACUCAGAUACUCAGUCUUUAACUUGGUGGUGGUGGGUGAUUCUCAUGUAAUUUUUGAACAAUCUCUUGAUUCAGAGUUUAAGUAUAUCUAUAGGAGAACUAACAGAAUUCUGUUUUAUUUGGUUAACAUUGUUAAUGAAAACAGACCAAUGUACCCUAGGACACUCAAAGUCUGUAUCUUCAUAGGCCAGUAAUCCAGCAGCCCUCAGUUUGGCUGGGUGGUCUCUACCAGUAGAAUAUAAGUCUUUUAAGGGCAUGGGGAAAAAGAGAUCUCAAAUUGUGUCAUAGAAAUACAUUAAGACCACCUUACAGUGUUGAUAUAAAGUGGUAAGGAAGUUUUUUGUGACCUAGUUUGACAAGACCAUAGAAAUUGGCCUUGGUGGAGUCUUUGGGUCGGUUGGGGUGUGUGUGUGAGUAUGUGUGUGAGCGUGCAUGUGAGCGAGCGUGCGAGUGUGUGUGUGUGUGUGUGUGUGCGCGCGUGUGUGUGCGCGUGUGUGUGCGCGCGCGCGCGCAUGUGCUGGAGAUUGAAUAGCUCAGCCCAGCACAGCUAGGAAAAGGGAAGCACACAGCAGGGGACAGCCAGUCACCUGUUCCUGGGCAAGCUUGCUCACUACUUCCUCUUUUGAACCACACUUGCUGGUUUCAUAUUCUUCUGCAUGGAGCUUCCUAUUGGAUUCCACAGACAAAAGCACUGCUGGCAUUCAACUCGGAUUCAGACUCAGGCAGUUCCAGCACAUUGGAGGCAGAGUGAGCAGGUCCACUGGCAGCCGCCAUGCUGACACACGUCCUCAGCUCAGCUGAGGCAUUUGCUUUCACACAUCCAUCCCCAGGUUGUUCUUCAUUCCAAGGAUGUUAGCCGAGGCUAGGAAUCAGAGGGAUGUGGUGAAAAAGCCCUGAGCAGCAUAUCCCGCCUCCACAGAUGAGAAUGCAGCGGGAGUGCUGCAGUGUGGAAGUCUCCAGAAGCUCUGUAUGCUUUUGUGACACUGUUUGUGCCUGACUCCCAGAAGAGAAUCACAAGAUUGCCUUUUGCUGUGUGCCAUUUCCAAAUGAAUGUUCUUGCUGGAAACUGGUCCCUAGUCAAUGUUCCACAGUGAGGAAGUAUGUGGUGACUUGUGUGUCGCUGCCCGUCUCUGUAGUCUGAAUGAGUAGAUCCUAGGAAAUCCUAUCUUUGCUUUAAGACAUUGAUAAUGCUGUUCUUUCCUUGGGCUUCUCCACUCACCCCUUCCUCUACACGAGUGGAGGAAGGUGGUCUGGACCUAAAAAGGAAGUGAGUGGUCCACGGUGGGGCCUUAGGUCAUAUAUGUCCACUGUAUGGUCAGUGCACCAUAUAGAUCUGCUGUUUGGUCCAGAGACCGAAGUGAACUGGGAUGGAGUAGAGGCCGCUGACUGGCGGCCAUCUGCAGAGCGGUACACUAGUGCCUUGUGCUCAGUCUCAGAUCACUGGGGGAUGCUCAGUGGAACCAGUGGCAGCUGAGAACCUAUUUAUAGCAAACUGAUAAUUGCUUUAUAAUUCUUCGGUAAUGAUAGCUCAGGGAAGGUGAAGGUUGUGAUUGGGUGACUUGAAUUGUCACUGGAUAUGGGAAUUGAAUUGUUUUACUGCUCUUAACCUGUUCAAACUGGGGCAGGUUCCAGGAACUUGAACUAAAAAAUGUCUCUUUAAGUCUCCCCCUGCCCUGCUUUUCUCUAAAAGCCUUGGUUUGUGUAGACAGAACUGUGGUGUUGGUGUGUUAGGGGUGACUGUUGCCAUAGGAAGUACUUGCAUGAGGACUGGGCUUGAAAAUUUGAGCUUUCUGUGCCUCAGACUACUCAGUCACCCGGCUCCCCAGCACCACACGUCCUUCUGUAGUUGGCUCUCUGCACAAACGCUUCGGUGGUUCUUCCCACUUUCCCCACAAGAAAGCUGUUUUUGGAAUGUAGCCUCCCAGAUGGCUUCUCAGGGGUAUCCUUGUGCCAACCAAAGGACUCCCUUCCUGUUGCUGUGCCUUUGCUGUCCCCUUCUCUUCGCCCGGUCUAAACCUCUCCUCCCCAGGGCUCCUCAGGCACAGUUUUCACAAACUCUGUCUUCAUUUCUUCCAACCCCUGGGUGUGCCCUGGUGUACGUACGAACCACCCUCCUACCCAGUCUCGCUCCGUAUUAGCGCCUCAAAGCAGGGGCUUCACGGAACUAGACGUGCCGGUGCUCCUACUCUGGCUGGGGAAGAGAUAGAGGCAAGUACCUAGUGAAGGACAGAGGGUAACACAGGGAAACAUUCCAGCCAUUGAGACAAAGCUGAAAAUACGUACACAAGGCCAUGCAGGGCUCUACUGAAUCUGUAAAUUACCUUUUAUUUGCUCUAUGCAAUGUUGGCCACUUGGGUGAGGUGGGAACUCACUCUACCGAGACGCCAUGGCAAUCCUUUGCAAACAUUGGGAAAUGCAAUAUAUAUAAACUAGAGGUUUGUAGUAAUGCCACUUGUAGCUGAAUUCCAUAGCAGAGUAAUCUUCUCUGUGGGUGAUGUGCUGUAGCAUAGGGAAACUUGAAAAUUCCAAAGUCCUGCCCUUUUUUGAGAGACUGGUUUAGUUUGUGUGUAUGUGUGUAUGUGUAUGUGUGUGUGCGUGUGUAUGUGUGUGUGUCAUAUUUAUUAAUUAUUUUAAAAGAGAAUUGUUUGUUUUGUAGAUAUGUAUUAAGAACAGCCAAACUGGAUAUUUCCACUUGGCAAGGAACAUAAACUUUUUGAAACUCAGGCCUUACCCAGUAGCUUGGAAGACCAACUCAAGGGUUAGGAUCUGUGUUCUUGUUUCCUGUCACUUCCGUCUUCAAUUCCUGGUGUCCUUUAAUGAUAUUUAAAAUCUUGUGACUCAAAAUUUAUUUUGCUUAAUUCUGAUGUAGACAUGCAUGUUUACAUUUAUAUAAAAUAUUUCCUGUGUAGUUUCCUCUCAAGAUGAAUAUAUUUAAAUAAAAAUGAAGGUCAGCAAUAUAUUUAAUGUCUUGGGUUUUUUUUUUUUAAGCUGAAAAUCUAUGUGAAAUAGAGUU